GUGAACAGAUUGUUAAGUAGUUGGGUUUGGUUAAAAUCCUUAGGGUUACGAGGGUUACCUGGUUAUUAUGAGUAAAAUCCCUAGGAAGGUCGUUUCCCUACAGAGCAAGAAGAAAGGAAAACAAAACAAGAAAAAUGUCACUAAGGAAAAAAAUACGGGAAACAAAUGCAACGGUGCUCUAGAUGACCGGUUGCAACCUCACUCACCACACCAGCCUGUGCCGAAAAGUGAACAGGAUCCUGGUUACUGCGAUUAUUCUCGAGAUGAAGAAGUCCUAGAGGACGAGGAGAUUUUGGGCAGUGAUGAUGAUGAACAAGAAGAUCCUCGGGAUUAUUGCAAAGGUGGUUACCAUCCUGUAAAAAUCGGACAAGUCUAUAACUCACGCUAUCAUGUUGUGCGGAAGCUUGGCUGGGGCCACUUUUCAACCGUCUGGCUGUGCUGGGAUUUAUGUUCAAAACGUUUUGUCGCAAUGAAAGUGGUAAAAAGUGCACUUCAUUAUACAGAAACAGCUCUUGAUGAGAUAAAACUGCUUUCAUGCGUUCGUGAGUCUGCCCCAGAGGAUCCUUUUCGAAAUAAAACAGUUCAGCUACUUGAUGACUUCCGAGUGUCCGGUGUAAAUGGGAACCAUGUCUGUAUGAUUUUCGAGGUUCUGGGACAUAAUCUACUGAAAUUGAUUAUCAGAUCUCAGUACCGAGGCAUUCCGCUUGAAAAUGUCCGUUCUAUUAUCAAACAGACCCUACAAGGACUUCAUUAUUUGCACACAAAGUGCCAUAUUAUCCAUACAGACAUCAAACCAGAAAAUAUUUUGGUCUGUAUAUCUGACUCACAAAUUCGCAGAAUGGCGGCAGAGGCUCUGGAUGCUCAAAGACGAGGUGUACAACUGUCAGGUUCUGCAGUGAGCACUGCUCCAAAGGAGAAACAAGAUAACACAAAGAUGACUAAAAGCCGAAAGCGCCGUUUGCGAAAACAACAACGGAAACAACAAGCCCUGUUGGAGCAGGAGCUUGAUGAGCUAGAAGAAUUGGAGUCGCAGGAACAUGAGCGUCGCUUGAUGGACAUGGGACUAUUGCCUGGUGGAGAUAAGCGGGAUUGCGAAGAACCAAAUGUAGCCGGCGAAAAAGAUCCUAAGGCUUCUACAGAGCAGUUACACUCAAGUGAGACAAAUAUAAAUGAUCCGACUACGGACGCAUAUGAUGUCACUCCCAAUGAAGAUCAUCAUACUACUCCAAGUAACACUAUUGGUGCAGUGAUCAUGGAUACUGCGCGUGCUGUUGUCUCGGUGUUAGGCUUUGCAGCCUCCAUUCCCUUCAAGGCUUGCAGCACUGUUCUGGACAACAAAAUCUAUACUACUAAUAAUCCUAAAUUAUGGUCCACACAAAACGAAAGACAAAAUCUCCUACCGUUAGGCGGUCAGUCAGAUGCUUCCAGUUGUACCAACCAUGAGAAUUUCAGUCUUAGAACUCCUAAUUCUGCUUUCUCUUCACGUAGCCCAUGCCAACCUGGACAAAAACGUACGGCUUCCAUUUCUGUCGACUCCCCUCCAUCUGAGUCCUCAGGCGAUUCUCUUGCAACAAUUUGCAAACCGUCAUGUCGCUCACUUGUCCACUUUUCUUUUGCUCCUUUGGCCGAUCGACUAGUGCGGAAAUUAUCCUGGCCGUCUAUCCUCAGAUCACCGAACGCUUUUACGAAGACAGCUUGUCAAAGUAAUAAAGAACCCAAUGAUCAUGAUAAACAUCGGUCGGAUGCAGCUGACGCAUCCGAGGAAAGUGACCAAUUUGUUAAGAAAGACGAUGAUAGUGGACUUGCUGUACGUCGUCGAGUUAAGAAGCUUCCUGAUCAUUCCGGUGCUGCAGAUGACAAAGCAGAUACUCCUUUGGCUUCUGUCACCGAACCUCAAAAAACCUCAUCUGCUACUGGUGAUCGAAGUUCCACAAUUGUUCAGCCAGAUGGUCUUUUGGCAGCAGCCGCAGCAUCAGUCAUGUCUGGUACUUCACAAACAGUUCCAACAGACGCAAGCAAUGAUACACCUGAAGUCAAACCGAACUCUACGGGGUCAAAAUCAAAUGAAGCUGAAGUGAAUGAUAAGAAACCUAAUAAUGAAUCUAAAUUAACGCCUGCAGCGAACACUGCUGGUGGUAAAUCUAAACGUUUAAGUCUGGUUGUGCCACCUAGCAAUUCAAUUUCUGGUCAAAGUGCUUCAGAUAAACGUCGAUCACUGCUUUUCGAAACUGUAAUCCAUGAACCAGAUGCUAGUAAAGAACCAUGCGAUAUUGAAGUUAAAAUCGCAGAUUUGGGGAAUGCAUGUUGGACUUACCGCCAUUUUACUGAGGAUAUUCAGACCAGACAAUAUCGCGCCUUGGAAGUUCUUAUCGGUUCUGGAUAUGGACCGCCUGCGGACAUUUGGAGCACAGCGUGCAUGGCUUUUGAAUUAGCGACCGGUGAUUAUCUGUUCGAACCUCAUUCUGGUGAAGACUAUACUCGAGAUGAGGACCACUUAGCACAUAUAAUUGAACUGCUGGGACCUAUACCUAGAAAUAUUGCUCUUUCAGGAAAGUAUUCCCGUGAAUAUUUUGAUAAACGAGCUUGUUUACGCCAUAUACGUCGCUUGAAGCCGUGGAGUUUAUUCAAUGUACUAACUGAGAAAUAUGACUGGCCACCAAGUGAAGCAGCUCUUUUCACUAGUUUUCUGGAGCCUAUGCUUGCAUAUGAUCCUAACAAAAGGGCUACCGCAUGGGACUGUCUACAACAUGUCUGGAUAACUGGUCAACCGUAUUCUCCAUCUGCCGAAGAAGACCUCCCAAAUCAUAUUCCAUUUGGAGUCAGUUUACCAGAUCCUUUAAUAGGUGACGUGCUAUCUAAUCCUAGUACAUACUACCACCCUCAUGUAAAUCAACAAGGUAUCUUGGAUGCUACAAACGCCACUGCUUUGUGUUACAACCAACAUCCACACUUAGAUCAACAGUUUCCACCUGUUCAUUGUAUUGCACCACAAUCGCGAAAUAGCCGCUCUGUUAACUAUAUGCCACCUGAAUUAUCAUUCAGUAGAAAUGUAAACCCAUCUGAGUAUCAUCUGCCCUACGGUCCUGAAAUAGUUGAAGGUAGUGGCUUGUCUAAUCGUAGUAUGUGUGUACCUAAUUCUCACUACCAGCCUUGGUCGUCUAAAAUGGUGAGCUCAAAACGACCUGAUGUUGGUGAUGUGGACAGUACAAUAGAUUUAGAAAAUCCUAUCCAUGUUGGAAAUUUCAUCCACAGUCUCCCAGACCUCAGUCCUGCUCCUAGUGAUGAUGACUAUGACGAAGAUGAUGAUGAGGAUGACGACGAUGAGACGAAGGGUGAUGAUGAAGAUGAAGAUGAAAGCGAUGAAGAAGAUCCUAGAAUGCAUUCGCUACAUCAUCAUGCCCACUAUUAUGGACAUCCAUCUAAUGCACCAUCUGCUUAUCAGUUUUUAGAUCCACCCCAAAUUCCAUUAGAAUCUCCACCUCAUCCUCAUUAUAAUGAUCCUCUAGCCAUGGCAGUAGCUGCUGGGCUACCGCCUAAUAAGGCUGCUAUUCUGGCAUACGCUGCUCAGGCUCUUGGGCCAGAUACUGUUUGGGCUGGUUUAGCUGCAGCAAAGAAACGCCAGGAACAACAGAUGCGGACAGCAGAAAGAAAAAAUUCAGACUCUCUUCCAAACGAUGAUGGUCUGUUAUCAUCUACCUCAACUAUGGCAACCGCUCAAAGCAACACUAACUCGCCGCAUCCUUGUGAACCAGAAGCUGAUGGUGAAUCACGUCACGGUCGUGGUUUGGAAGACUUAACAGCCUGUCAUUCUGCUUCAGGUUCUGCAUCUGAAGAUAAAUGUCAUGCCCCAGACCAUGUAGAUGCAUCAGAUACACGGAGCUUCGAGUCUGAGUUGCAUACAGUGAAUGAAAACACUACUCAUCAGUACAUUGAACCUACAGAGACAUUUACAGAAGCUUAGUUUUCUUAUUUCACUUUUCUGACCUCUAUCUCCUGUGAACCUAUAGGCUUUCAUUUUAUCUCUGAUUUCGAUGCUAUGUUUAUAAAAACAAUAAUUUGAAUAUUCAUUGUGGAAAUAAGGACUUUGGUUGAAGUUC